GUCUAUAUUGAUUUACUUUAGGCUAUAGCCUACCUACAAAUAAACCAAUACGCCUAACAUGUUAAGGGAAUACAGUGGGAUAAAGCUGUGGAACUCCUGACAGUUGUUGGUCUUUUCAGUGACCAGUGGGCUCGCUGCAUAUCUGUACAUUGUAUCUGUUAAAAUAAUGCAUAAUGAAACUAUAUAUAUGGCACUUGUUACAGUAACCCACUUUAUUCAUGUUUGAUGUAUCCAAACUCAGUGCACCACCACCAUAGCACAUAGCAUCUUCACACACCCAAAUUGGAUUGUGCAAUAUAAAUGAUUUCAGUAGCCUAACCUAUACGUCAUUUUUCUGCAUACGGACCAAAAUGCAAGGAACCUGCUUGUUUUUUUGCCCUGCUAUAUGAAAAACGAUUCUAAUGAUGUAUUGAUUCGCUUGAACAAAGGAACGAAAUAUUGUUGUAUGCUACCUGUACGGGAUAUCAACAUGGAAGGAGUAGGAUGUUACUAGCGUCGGCCGUGGUGGUAUGGGAAUGGCUGAACGAGCACGGGCGCUGGCGGCCUUACAGCCCAGCGGUCUCUCACCACAUCGAGGCAGUCAUCCGCAACGACCCACGGGGUGGUAGUGUUGUCUUAGGCCAGGUGGACACUCGCCUCUCGCCCUACAUCGUCGACUUGCAUUCCAUGCACCAGUUCCGACAAGAUACUGUUCUGUGGCGUGACCCUCGUCUUUCUACCGUUACCCCAGGUACCCUCAGACCGGUUCGCCGCAGCUUCUACGACCCCACGUCGGCUCCGGGUCAGGGCUGGCUGUGGGAGUGGGAGAACGACACAGGCUCGUGGACAGCCUACGACACAGAGGUGGGCAUCGCCAUCCAGGCGGCACGCGACCGCCAGCAGCCCUGGCUGGACCUAGCGCCACUGGGAUUCUGCUACCUCAUCCACUUCCAGAGUAUGACCCAGAUCAACGGGCAGACGCAACGCUGCCGCCGCAUCCAGCGCCGCUCUGACCUGGCUUACCCACUUGUUUCGGGUCCCCUUCCCAAGUCACACCACGCCUGGGGGCCCGGCCCCGGGGGACUGUUGGGGGUGUCCGGAGUAGGCAUGGGGGUGGGGUUGAGCGGGAUGGGGAAUGGGAACGGUAGCGCCUACCCCAGCGGUGCCCUGCCAGCCUCCGCAAUCACCUCCCUGGGCCAGCCCUGCGCCUGUCAGCAAUGCAUGCUGCUCCUAAGCGUCAAGGCGGGCGCCAUGGCAACAGCCCACACCCUGGGCAGGAGGCCACCCCAGAACAAGCCUCCCAGCCCCAAACUGGGUGGGGGUUACUCGGCCAUGGGGGGGUCCUACUCGCUCACCCUCCCACGUCCCCCCUCCUCCAUGGGCAGGUCCCUUCCUCCCCACAGAACGUCUGUGGGCGGAGCUAGCGGUGGCUUGGGGGUCGGAGGGGGCGGUGGCUUUGCCCACUCACUCUCCCUCCUGGGUUCGGCCACCGCUGCCCUGUCCCUCUCCUCCACCCGGCCCCCUCCCCCGCCUCUACCCCCCCUUCCGCCUCCUCCGCCUCCUCCGCCCUCCUCCAUCACUUCCAACAGUGCUACUCUUCCCCCCUCCUCUUCCUUCUCCAUGGCAUCCAUGGCUUCCUCUGCCCCUCUGUCGAUGCCUGUGCCCCCCCCUCCUCUCAUCUCCACAUCAGCUUCCUCCUGCACCCCCUCGCCCUCUGCCCGCGUCCUGGGGCCGGUGUCUUCAGCGGCGGCGGCCUGUGCCGCCCCCCUACCUCCCCGUGCCAGCCUGGCUGGGCUGAGCCGACCCGCCCUGCAGCGCAUCGCCAUGGCCCAGUCCAGAGCCCUUAUCGCCUCCGGAGUCCCAACGGUUCCUGUGAAGAACCUCAAUGGAUCCAGCCCUGUUCACCCUGCAUUGGCAGGUAUUACAGGGAUCCUGAUGAGUGCCGCAGGACUUCCUGUCUGUCUGACCCGACCCCCCAAGCUGGUGCUCCACCCCCCUCCUGUCAGCAAGAGUGACAUCAAGCCCGUUCCCGGCCUCGGCCACUGCUGCCGCAAGACCACCAAGAAGCAGGCUCGCAAAGGCAAGACCCCUGAGGAAGUAGUGAAGAGGUAUCUUCAGAAGGUACGCAGUCCCCCAGAGGAGGACUGCACUAUCUGCAUGGAGGCCCUGCUUGGGCCCUCGGGCUACAAAGGCCCCGGUGUUGGGGGCAUCCAGCGGGCAGAGUCGGUGGGUCGCCUGGCCCAGUGUGGGCACCAGUACCACCUACAGUGUCUGGUGGCCAUGUACAACAAUGGCAACAAGGAUGGCAGCCUUCAGUGCCCCACCUGCAAGACCAUCUACGGCGUGAAGACGGGCAACCAGCCACCUGGCAAGAUGGAGUAUCACGUUAUCCCCCAUUCGCUGCCUGGCCACCCCGACUGCAAGACCAUCCGCAUCAUCUAUAACAUCCCGCCAGGCAUCCAGGGCCCUGAGCACCCGAACCCAGGCAAGCCCUUCACCGCCCGGGGAUUCCCCCGACACUGCUACCUCCCUGACAGCGAGAAGGGACGCAAGGUACUGAGGCUGCUGCUGGUGGCGUGGGACCGGCGGCUCAUCUUCUCAGUGGGCACAUCCAGCACCACGGGCGAGUCGGACACAGUCAUCUGGAAUGAGGUGCACCACAAGACGGAGUUCGGCUCCAACCUGACGGGACACGGCUACCCCGACCCAGGCCACCUGGACAACGUUCUAGAGGAGCUUAAGGCCCAGGGGAUCACCGAGGAGGAGUGCCUACCCAGAGACUGAGCUAAAGACGGGCCAAUGGGGAAACAGCUACAGAGAGACUUGUCAGACACUGGAGGGCAGAGCUAAAACAAUGAACAUACAGAGUCAGAGAGACAAAGGAAUGGAGAGGGGGAGUCAUAGACAUAUGAAUAUGUUUUAAAAAAGAGAAGUACAGAAAUGAACACAGACGGUACAAUUGUGACACCCACAGAAACAGACAGCCUGAAAUACAGCAUACGAGAAGAAAUGAAUGAACCGAUGAACAGACGAGCCAAAAAAAGAACCAACGGGGGGACAUAAAACAAAUAGAGAAACAGACAAAUAGACUUUCUGGCUCUAGUUUCUAGGGACGUUAACUGAGGUACGACAUUAGAAACCCUCUGAACAGGUGGGCUGUGGGUCGGCUCUGCUGCAUGGGUCACUUGUAUGAUGGAAUGUAUAUUUUCUUCUGCUACAUUAAUGGGGCUGUCACAAAAUGUAAUUCAGUGAGAGGUUUGAGGCCACAGUGCACAUGCAAUUCAGUGUUGGACAGAAGCUGUCGUUUAGACCCUGAGAGUUUGACAAGAAUGUACUGAAUCUUAAUUGGUCCAUUUGAAUUCAAUGGUGUACCAAGUUUACCAGAGCGGCUGUAAGUGGUAGGAUGAGCGCUACAAAUGGGUAUUAAAGGGAAUAUGCUUAAUAGGGUAUUGAAUGGAAGAGAAUACUAGGCUUAAAGUAUUAGACCUUUGGCAGCAUAGUAACAAAUCUCUCGUUACAGAAAACAUAACCUAACAUAGCAGGCUUAAAAGAAUCGUCUGAGCGGCGUUUCUUUCUUUCUAGUCCUGACAAGAAAAUAAAAAAAACUGUUAGGCGAUUAUCUCCUCUGAAUCUGCACUGUUUAACCAAUCCGGUAAAUGUGGAGGAGUUGAGAUGGAGUGUCCCCAAAGACGGUUAGCUCUGUGAUGUCGCCUCGUUAACGUCCAAAAGAAGAAGUCCGUCGCUAUUUCCAUUUGCUAUGAAAACCGGGUGCGUCCGGUUAAACCUACCCCACUGAGGGUGCAGAAAACUUUACAGAGAACGUUCAAAAUAUCUCAAGUUUAUGACUGGAUAUGUGUGAGCAUGAGUGUUUACUGCCCUCUAGUGGUACUUAUCGAAAAUACAUUCCCUUUUCCUCUCUAGGUUCUUAUCGGUAUUUUAUUAAUUGCUGUACCAUUUGGAAAAUGCAUUGUUGUACAUUUUAAAUAGUUGAUAUAUA